AUGUCAUCGGAUGGUGAGACAGGAAACCCAAGAAGAAGGAGAAGAAGUACAGAUGACGGAGAUGGCUUGGGUUCUGAUUCUGUGCGUGGGGAAGGCUUAGAUAACCUACCAUCGUCCCCUCAAGCCACAGGUGUAAUUGUUGGAGGUGAAGUAUUGAGGAACACAAGAACUGAGUCGCCUUUAGGUUCGCCUGAUGAAAUUGACUUUGAGAACCCAGAUAAUGAUGGUGAUGAGAAAAUAGAGUUUGAAGAGGACCUUGAAGAGGUGGAGGAAAGGAUGAAUGAGGUUGAUUUAAUGGGUGAGGAGAUGUAUAAUGAUUACCGUAGUAACAGGGAUAAGGAUUUUUAUGAAAGUGAAGGUAUGGAUGAUGAUGAUCAGCCAGAAUUAUCUGCAGAGGAUCGUAGGAGGAUUGAUGCUCAAUUGAAUGAAAGGGAUCGGUUGAUUAAUAGUAGACAGGCAUUCUUGGAUGAAGAUGGGGAUGGAGGAGACGAUGUUCAACAGUUGGAUUCUAUGGGGAUGCCUAUCCAGAGACGUCGUAAAAGGCGGCAAUACGAGGACGGUGACUACGAUGAUCUCCUUUCUGAUAUGGACAUUGAUCCUCUAAUGGAGGAGUUAACUUUAGAAUCUCUAAGUGAUGUGAAAGCGUCCAGUUAUUCUGAAUGGAUUACACAGCAUAAUGUGGCACGUACCAUUGCUCGAGAACUGAAAUCUUUUCUUUUAGAGUAUACAGAUGAAUUUGGAAAGUCUGUCUACGGUGCAAGAAUCAGGACUCUUGGUGAGUUAAACUCUGAAUCUUUGGAAGUUAAUUAUAGGCACCUUUCAGAGUCUAAGGCUGUUUUAGCCCUUUUCUUGGCCAAAUGCCCUGAAGAGAUGUUAAAGAUUUUUGAUACAGUUGCAAUGGAAGCAACUCAACUGCAUUAUCCAGAAUAUACUCGUAUACACUCAGAGAUACAUGUCAGGAUCUCUGAUUUCCCCACUAUACAUAAUUUACGAGAAUUACGUGAAGCUAAUUUGAAUUCGUUAAUACGUGUAACGGGUGUUGUCACCAGAAGAACAGGUGUUUUUCCACAAUUAAAAUACGUUAAAUUCAACUGCUUGAAAUGUGGUUCGAUUUUAGGUCCCUACUACCAAGACUCUAAUGAGGAAAUUAAAAUCACCUUCUGUACUAACUGUAGAUCGAAGGGUCCAUUCAGGACAAAUAUGGAAAAAACCCUGUAUCGUAACUACCAACGAUUAACUCUACAAGAGUCUCCAGGAACUGUACCUGCUGGUAGGUUGCCUCGUCAUAGAGAGGUUAUCUUAUUGUGGGAUCUAGUUGAUACUGCAAAACCUGGUGAAGAAAUAGAAGUUACUGGUGUAUAUAAAAACACCUAUGAUGGGAGCUUGAAUGCCAGAAGUGGAUUUCCGGUUUUUGCAACGGUUAUUGAAGCCAAUUCUGUCAAAAGAAGGGAAGGUGGUCUACAUGUUGGCGAUGGUAAUGAUGAAGGCCUAGAUUCAUUUAGUUGGACAGAGGAGGAGGAAAGUUCAUUCCGGAAAAUGUCGCGUGAUCGUGGAAUUAUUGAUAAGGUCAUCUCAUCUAUUGCGCCUUCUAUAUAUGGUCAUAGAGAUAUCAAAACUGCAAUUGCAUGCUCUUUGUUUGGUGGUGUCCCAAAAAAUGUUAAUGGAAAACAUUCUAUUCGUGGUGAUAUAAAUGUUUUAUUACUAGGUGAUCCUGGUACUGCGAAAUCACAGAUCUUAAAAUAUGUGGAAAAGACGGCCCAUCGGGCUGUGUUCGCUACCGGCCAGGGUGCCUCUGCCGUUGGUUUAACUGCUUCUGUUAGAAAAGACCCCAUCACCAAAGAAUGGACACUUGAAGGAGGUGCUUUAGUCCUUGCUGAUAAAGGUGUCUGUAUGAUAGAUGAGUUUGAUAAGAUGACUGACCAAGACCGUACCUCCAUCCAUGAAGCUAUGGAGCAACAGAGCAUAUCCAUAUCAAAAGCUGGUAUUGUAACUACAUUACAGGCCAGAUGUUCCAUUAUUGCAGCGGCUAACCCUAAUGGUGGACGUUAUAAUUCUACACUACCCCUGAGUCAAAAUGUGGAUUUGACAGAACCCAUUUUGUCAAGAUUUGAUAUUUUAUGUGUUGUAAGAGAUUUAGUAGAUGAGGAAAGUGACGAAAGGUUGGCAACAUUUGUCGUUGAUUCUCAUGUUAGAUCGCAUCCAGAUGCAGAUUCUAUCCUACAAGAAGAUGAUGAGAUGCAAUCAGACGAUGAGGGCAACGUACAACUAUCCUCAAGACAAAAGAGGUUACAGAGACAUAGGGAGAAGGAAGGUGAAAUUUCUCCAAUUCCCCAGGAAACACUCAUGAAAUAUAUCCACUAUGCCAGAACCAAGGUAAAUCCUAAGCUGCAUCAAAUGGAUAUGGAUAAAGUUGCCAAAGUAUAUGCCGAUCUAAGGCGUGAGAGUAUUACAACAGGAUCAUUCCCGAUUACUGUACGUCAUCUGGAAUCUAUUUUGAGAAUUGCAGAAGCAUUUGCCAAGAUCAGAUUAUCCGAAUUUGUCUCCUCUUGGGACUUGGACCGUGCUAUCAAAGUUACCAUUGAUAGUUUUGUUGGCGCCCAGAAGAUUAGUGUACGUCGCCAACUACAAAGAUCUUUCGCUAUUUACACCAUAGGUAAAAGAGAUCAGGUGUAA